AUGGCUCAAUCUGCCUCGCUAGCCGAGAUGGCGUCGAUGCAACCAAUUGCCGGGGCUCAAUAUCACUGGACACAUUAUCUGGCACCGACGAUUCAGAAGAAGUUCAUCACCUGGAUGCAGGGUUGGGUGACCUGGUUUGCGUGGAUCUCCGUACUGGCCGGUGUUGCCAACAUCACUGCCACGAUGAUCCAGGGCCUAGCGAGUGUGAACUACCCAGACUACGAGCCAAAGCAAUGGCACAUAACCCUCAUCAUUGUCGGCAUGCUUAUUGUCGAAGCUUUGAUGAACAUGUAUACAUUUUGGCUGAUUCCGUGGAUUGAAAUGCUGGCGGGCAUUCUGCAUAUCUGCCUUUUGGUUGUGUUCCUGGUCGUAUUUACAGCCCUAGCACCCCGUCACAAACCGGAGUUUGUCUUUCUACACACGCAAAGCACUUCAGGCUGGGCGAACUUCCCCGCAUGGAACAUAGGUCUGCUCACCCCUGUCUGGGGGUUUGUCGGCUUUGACGGCGCAGUACACAUGAGUGAAGAAGUCCGACGAGCAAAACAAGCCGUUCCUAGGUCUAUAUUUUAUACCGUCGUCGCCAACGGUGUCCUGGCAUACGCAAUGGUCAUCUGUAUGCUCUUCACAAUGGGCUCGGUGGAGGAAGCCCAGAAAUCAAGUUUCCCGAUAAUCGAGAUCUGCCGGCAAGCAACUGGGUCUGUGAAAGCUGCCACUGCAAUGGUAAGCGGGUUACUUGUGAUCUCGCUGUCGGUCAAUCUAGCGAGUAUCGCGUCUGUCUCCAGAUUGACAUGGGUGUGGGCACGUGACGGAGCCCUGCCCCAGUGGUUUAGCUAUAUCGACCGCAAGCACAACGUGCCAAUUCGUGUUGUUUGGCUCCCAGUACUUGUUGUCAUGAUUCUAUCGUGUUUGAACAUCGCCGACAGUGCCGCCUGUGGAGCGUUCGUUGCACUGGGGUCGAUUGGGCUGUUUAUGUCAUACUUUAUUGCUAUUAGUUGCAUGGUGCAUAAUCGGUUUCAGAAGCAUGUGGCGCCUCUUGGGGACUGGAAUAUGGGCAUCUGGGGACUUCCGGUUAAUGUCUUUGCUUUGGUAUAUACUGCCUGGGUAUUAGUAUGGCUGGCAUUCCCAUCAACGUUACCAGUUACUGGUGAAAACAUGAAUUAUGCCGCACCAAUUUUUGGUGCCACUACUUUGUUUGCUUUUGCAUAUUGGUUUAUCAAGGGACGGGCUCGCUGGGAGGGAUUGAAUAAGGAGGUUAUUCGACUGUCUGUGGAAGGGGGAGAACUUCAGUUGAAAUGA